AUGGCAUCCAUGUCUAGAUUUUCUGGGGAUGAAGCAAGAGCACAUUGUCCACGCAAGCCCAUUUCGGAAGCUGGAAGGUUCUUCGCUUCCAGCCGUUUGCGCGUUGCCAAUAGUUGGUGGGUUUGCUCAAAACUGGGUGCGGAAGGCGGUUCGCUCAAGAUGGCCUGCCCGUUUGAGUCCCUAGGCAAAUUGUCAUCUACAUGUUCGCGUGGAUAUAUGGAGGAGCAGUGUAGGCAGGGCAUCGAGGCCGCUCACGAGGUUGCGCAGGCCAUGGACACCAAGGUGAAAAGUUGGAGCAAUGUCAUAGUAGGCUAG